AUGGAUCACAGAGUUCUGAAGACCCAGGAUCUUGAAGGCAGUCUUCCACAGGAUUUGGGCAGGUUCCCUUACCUCCAAGAAAUUGACUUGUCACGCAACUACCUCAACGGUACCAUCCCUGCAGAAUGGGGAGCCACGCCACUAGCUACCAUUUCUAUUAUAGGAAAUCGAUUAACCGGCCCAAUCCCAAAAGAAAUUGGAAACAUCAGCACUCUUGCAAACUUCACUGUCGAGUUUAAUCAGCUUUCAGGAGUUCUGCCACCAGAGCUUGGAAAUUUGACUCGCUUAGAAAAAAUCCGAAUUGGUGAUAACAGCUUCACAGGUCAGAUACCGAAUCUUAUUCAGAAAUGGACCAACCUGGAAAAACUAGUGAUACAAGGCAGUGGUCUAAGCGGGCCGAUUCCAUCAGGCAUUGCUCUUCUAGAAAAGAUGGUUGAUCUAUGA